ACGCGACACGCCAGUCGGACCGCCGAGCGCGCAGCGAGCGCCCGCGACACUCAGUGAUGACAACGACAUGACGAUGACGGAAGAAGAGAAGUCUUCCGCGGAGACCGUCACCGUGGUGACGGGGAACUUCCCCACUGUCUCCAGCCUCAAGUCCGAGGACUCCACCGAGCAGCUGAUAUGCAAAACGCCGCAGAAACCGGUGAAGAAGAAAAGUGCAAAACCUAGUGUGAGUUCGAAAAGUGUCGAAGCGGGGAGUGAGCAGGGUGCCGGCACCCGCGCGGUGGUGCUGCUGGGGCUGGCGCAGGUGGCGCUGGGCGCGGCGCUGGUGGCGGCGGGCGCCUUGGCCGUGGUCAAGGGUGCUUCGCUGUCGAGGGUCGGCGCCGGCCUGUGGGCGGGCUGCGUGGCCGUGGUCGCCGGCGUGGUCGGGGUGCUGGCGGGCAUCAACGACUGUUACGGAAUCAACAACUCUUCAGGGGGCGGGCUGCUGACGGCGUUCCUGGCGCUGUCGCUGCUGUGCCUGGCCUGCGGCAACAGCGCCGCCGUGCUGGCCGCCACCGGCCUGCACCGCGACUCGCUGCGCCAGCACGCGGACACCAGCAGCUUCCAGGAUGAGCUGGACGCGUGGACGCCGGUGCUCACCAACAUCGCGCUGCUCAUCAUCGCGUCGCUGCACUGCCUGGUCUGCGUCGCCUCCAUCUACCACCUCUCCAAGCGCGUGUGCCCGUGCUUCAGGCCCAAGCAGCCCUUCGACCACAACCAGUUCGACCCCACCUUCAAGCCGGUCCAGCCUUGCGUCUUCCACGUCGACGAGAUCAAGAAGGCCCAGGACGCGGAGAAGGCCCGGGGGCACGAGCUCUGCAAGGAGUUGGAAUCCAAAUUACAGGGAGAUACGUUGAAGAAGAAGAAGGAGGAGUCCCCCGAGUUCGGCAGCGCCAACAGCAAGGAGAAGCUGGUGUCGCGCUGGCUGGGCCGGCAGCAGGCGCCCGCCAGCACGGCGCGGCGCGGCGGCGCGAGCGCGGGCGUGCGCAAGCCGCGCAAGCAGCCGCCGCUCAUGCUGCUGCCCGCGCACCCGGCCAGCACGCUGGGCCGCAUGCCGCUGAGCGUGGUGGUGCCGCCCGCGCCGCGCUACGCCACGCUGCCGCUGCCGCCCGCCGCCUACGCGCCGCCGCUCUACUACCCCGUGCCCGACGCGCGCGUCCGCCGCCGCCGCUCGCCGCGACAGUCGCGCACGGAGCGCGCGCGGCGCACGCGCGCACGUCGCGACGAGUCGCAGCUGACGCGCUCGCUGGAGCGCAUCCACCGCAAGCGGCGCUCCGAGCGAGACCACCCCACCGUCGACGACUUGAAGAGGACUUACACGGGGCUGGACAGGGCGUACGCGGAGCAGUUCAUAGCGGUGUGCGACGAGAGCCGGCACGCAGCCGAGCAGCACGACUCGCUGGCCAGCUCCACUGACACCGAGCAGCGCUCGCACUGACGGAGCAGCGUGCUCACUCACUCCGGGCAGCGCUCGCACUGACCGAGCAGCGUGCUCACUCACUCCGGGCAGCGCUCGCACUGAUCGAGCAGCAUGCUCACCGACACCGAGCGGCGCUCGCACUGAAGCAGCGUGCUGCGCUGACUGUUCGGUCAGCAGCAAGUGACAACAAACUCAAUCAAAUCGGUAGACACCAUUAGCGGCGGUUUCAGAGCCAUUCAUAUAAUACUAAACGCAUAAGCCCGCGCGAUUCUUGAAUUUUAUAAAAAAUAAAAGCUCAGAGUUAUAUCUUAGAGUUAGAUUAAUAACAUAUCAGAAGACUUACAUUGUAUGUAGCUGUAAAUAUAAAUGUACUUAGGCUAUAUAAGAUUUUGCAAGUGUUACAUAAUAUAUUUAGCUUGAUUAUUUUUUUUUAUUCUAUGAGAAUAAUAUUAAUUAAUUAAUAAAAAGCCUUUUGAUAGAUAACUUUUAACAUACAUACAUAUUGCUAAACCAAUAGUUUCUCCAUAAUAUCCGUUACUGAAAUAACCUUUGCUUGCUGAUAUGGCCAAGUAACUUCUCCGAUUAAGUGAAAUUAAACAUAUUUAUACGUACCUAAGUAGAUAAAAAGGUAAACAAAAUCUUAUUUCUAUAUUUGAUAUUUGAUAUCCCUAUCCAAGUUUGUUAAUAGCAAAAAAUGAAAACAAAAAUCCUGGAAAGAUGGUCUAAUCUCGAUAAGAUGUUGAAAGUGGUCUUUCAAAACAGCUGUAGGGUAGUUGUAUGUAUACUGUAAUACAUAGUAUUUGUUGCUAACAUUAGAAUAUACACUGAACCAAACUAAACACGAUAGCUUUAUGUGGGUAGUUGUAACUAAUUAUUAACUCACCUUGUUUUACUAACGUAGCACUACAGCGAUUUAAUAUAAAUAAGCUUACUAAUUGUAUAUUGAAUGGAUACCACCAACUUUAUGGAAGACCAGUAUGAACACUGAAUAAUUAAUUUAUUUUGUUUCAAAAACGACGAAGUGACGUUGUCGCUUGGAUACAUGAGCUAAAUUACAUUUGAGGGAUGAAAACCAAAUAAAUCAAUUCCACUUAUUGGAACUUAUGAUUAUAUCAAGAGCGAUAACGCAAGCCUCGUAUUUCGAUUUUUGAUUGUAAUCCUUAUAAGGAGAUUAAUUCAAUAAUACUCGUAUUACAUUAUCAAAUUUUAUCCUUUUUAGCUUUUUUAAUGUUUCAGUGUUCCGAUAUAUUAUAAACAAAUGGACACACAUACUAACUACACUUUACUAACAACUAAUGUAAACCUGUAUCGUCAAAUAUCUGUGUUAUACGACUCGUUUUAAGUUUAAACUUUUGUACUUUAAGACUUUUAGUGUAAGGCUACUUUGAUGCAGACCACAAGAGUUCUCUCCCCACAGUAAUAAAUCGUAUAAUAUAAAUAAAUAGGUACUAUAUAUAAGUAAUAAAUAAAUAUUCAGCAAUUGCUAUGCGCAUCUUGUGCCUUGUGGGUCGGAUAUUCGGAAAACGGUCUUCAGAAUGGCAAAUUUAUUUGACGCUCACUGUACUUAGUCGUGUAAGGAAGCCUACACAAUGGUAAUUAUUAAGUAUACGGCCGUAUAUUAAUUAUAUUAAUUAUUAUUGACGGCCUUCGUGGCGCAGUGGUAUGCGCGGUUGAUUUACAAGACGGAGGUCCUGGGUUCGAUUCUGAGGUCGAUUGAGGUUUUCUUAUUUCGUCCAGGUCUGGCUGGUGGGAGGUUUCGGCCGUGGCUAGUUACCACCCUACCGACAAAGACGUGCCGCCAAGCGAUUCAGCGUUCCGGUACGAUGUCGUGUAGAAACCGAAAGGAGUGUGAAUUUCAUCCUACUCCUAACAAGUUGCCCGCUUCCAUCUUAGAUUGCAUCCUCACUUAACAUCAGGUGAGAUUGUAAUCAAGGCCUAACUUGUAAAGUAUAAAAAAAGUAAUGUUGCGCCUAAGAAAACCGCAAGUAAAACAAAUCUCGUAUUGCCGAGCUACGACUUCCUGUCAAUAAUAUUGACAAUAUUGACUGUGUAUGGGCACCCUAAUCCUGAAACGCUGACAUUUGUCUGUUUAAAAAAUCUUUUCGAUCAUAAUCACGGUAAUUUUGUGUUAUUAAGCUUUAUUGCAAAGAAUACCAAAACACUUUUAAACCAAGAAGCAUUUUUCCUGGAGAUAAUUUUUAGUAGACGCUGAAAACUUAAAGUGAGGUCGCAUCGAAGUAGCAUUUCCAUGUGUAAACUGUAUAUGUAAUGUAUCGAUUUAGACGUAAUCUUGUACACAUAUUUAAACUCAAGUCCUAUGUACCUAAUCGCUGCCAAAGCGCGUCGCGGAACAAAUUGUUAUCGAUUGGUAUGUAAAUAAAUUACACAUCUAAAUUUGCUCAAUUAAAUUGUAAAAUAUUUAAUUACAUAUAAACGUAUUCCUAGUAAUUAGUGGUGCCCAAAUAUUGCAUGAUUAACGAAGAUCAAAUCAGCGAAACAAAACAAGAAUACCUAUCCAUCAAUUAUAAAUAGUAUAAAAUUCAAAAUUCAUUUAUUUCAAGUAGGCUCAGUUUACAAGCACUUUUGACACGUCAGUUGACAAUUUGUAAAGAUUCUACCACCGGUUCGGAAGGCUGUUGAAGUUCUGCUGAGAAGAAACCGGCAAGAAACUCAACAGUUGCUCUUUUAAAAAAAACAAUACAAUUUCUUAUAGUUUUACUUCCAGUGUGAAAGGUGGAAGCUGAUCCAACGGCCUCCAAGCAUCUUUAUUAUUAAGGAAAUGUAAUAAUACUAAAUAAUUAAUAAAGCAUUCAUUAUUUACAAUCAUCCCAAGUUUGUAUAGGUACCCAUUAAAAAGCCUUAUUAUUCUGUGUAAUAAGACAGCAAGAUCAAAGCAUUUUGGGCAUCACUAAUAUUGUAGCUAUAAUUCUUGUUACCAAUAUUAUUACUUGUAUAAUUUUGAGAUUAUAGUUUUUUCUACUAUUUCUACCUAUAUCGUAGCAUUGUUGAAUAUACAUAGAAUAAUAUAUUAUUGAGAUUAUUAAACUUUGUAUUCAAAUUACUGUUAAGUACUAGACUGUAAUUAAUUAUUGUAAAUAUAAGGAUUAUUAUUAAAAAGGCAUUAUAUUUAUGUACUUUAAUGUUUUUAUUGUUUUAAUAUAAAAAUGUAUAUAUACCUAUAGUGAUGUUUUAAAGUCGCGUGUUUUAAACUCCAGUUUUCUGUAAUAAAAACAACUAAGAUUAGGAUUAAAAUGCGCGAUUAUAAUUUAAUAACAUAGAUUUAGUUUUUUAUUUUCUCGAAAAGUUAUUCACGGAAUAAUCUGUAUAUAGAGGAUCGAAUCUAUUUAAAUGCAAAAAUGUAUCGCUUGUAAAGUGAAUAAAUUUUAUUUUUAUAAUUAAA